AUCGAGAUCGGUCAGUAGAGUUGGGCGGGCGGCGAGUCGAGGGUGGGCGGCGCGCGCGCCCAGUCCGCUUCCUGCGUCCGACGCCGCGGCAACUGCCCAACUGGCAACUACCCGCUACCCACUACCCACAACUUUACCCGUCAACACUCAAACUUGUUAUUUAUUCACUAACUUCACUAACUUCAGUGUUAAUUGGACUACAGGGAGUGAUUUUGAAUUGGUUUCCCCUUUUUUUUUUGGCAAUAAUUGGUGUAUUUUAUUAGUCACGUGUAUAUGUGUUACAAAUGUGUGUUCGUAGAAUGAUUCUAUUGACAGUACUAAAUUAAUUUUCGUAACUCUUAAAUGAAAAAAAAUACCUAUUUUUUACCAAAUCAAUUAAAAGAAAACAGUAUGUGAAUAUAAAAAAAAAACCAUAAUAAAACAUCCGUACAUCCUUGUGCAUUUAAUCUUAAGGUCCAAAAUCCUAUGACCGUGAACUGACCAUGGCUGACAAACUACAUGAAUACCAAGGUGUGACGGGUCGGCUCCAUGGUGCUCGGGACCGGUACAAGGAGAGGUGGUCGCGGUGGAGGGAACAGCAUCCUCGAGGAGUCAGAGAUGUGGUCGCAGAGACCCUGUUUGGGAUUCCUAACUCUGAUGAGCCCCCUGAAAGGGUUUGGCAGGAUAGUGCCUACAGCGAUUUGUACAGGAGAAAGAGUCGUAUCGAGUUGAUGCGGAUAUCGGCAGCAGUAAUGGGCAUAGAGUUUUCUUACGCCGGCGAGACUGCCUUCGUCUCGCCAACCCUCCUGCAGAUAGGGGUGCCCCACCAACAGAUGACCCUCGUCUGGGCACUGUCACCCCUAAUUGGAUUCUUCAUGACCCCGCUAUUGGGGUCACUCAGUGACCGCUGUCGCUCCAAGUUCGGGAGGAGAAGACCUUUCAUUGUGCUCAUGUCCGUUGGAGUAUUAUUAGGUUUAAUUCUAGUCCCUAACGGUGAAGACAUAGGCUACGCUCUCGGCGAUGAGUUGCCCAUGAACAGGACAGAAGCGCCAUCUGUGUUGGGGCCACGGAGUUCUGCGCUGGACAAAGAGCAUAGCAACUAUCACCCAUGGGGCGUACUCUUUACAGUCCUUGGCACUGUGUUCCUGGACUUUGAUGCCGACGCCUGCCAGAGCCCCGCUCGAGCUUAUCUCCUUGACGUGACAGUUCCAGAGGACCAUGCUAAAGGUCUGAGCACAUUCACGGUGAUGGCUGGUCUAGGCGGCUUCAUGGGGUACGCGCUCGGCGGCAUAAACUGGGACGACACCCGAUUAGGUGAACUAUUCGGCGGGCACGUCCGCGCAGUGUUUUCACUAAUCACCAUAAUCUUCGUCGCUUGCGUCACCGCUACCAUCACCAGCUUCAAGGAGAUUCCUCUGUCGGAACUGACUGACCAAGAGGAGUUCAGGAAACAAGCGGAGACUGAGCGACUUCAAGAGAGCUUCGAUGAGGGUCCUGAUGGACCUGACAAGAAUCUGAAGAAAGAUAAUGUGACUUAUGGAGCGCUAAAUCAACCAGAGAGCGGAGCGGCGAUAAACGUGGUGGAAACUGGCCAUGCGAGUGGGAACCUCUCCCUGGCCCACUACUUGAAGUCCAUCGUCAUGAUGCCCAACUCCUUGCGCGUGGUCUGCCUGACCAACCUGUUCUGCUGGAUGGCACAUGUCUGCUACUCUCUCUACUUCACUGACUUCGUCGGAGAGGCUGUCUUCGGAGGGAAUCCUGCGGCGCCGGUGGGUAGUGUUUCUCGUUCGGAGUAUGAAGCUGGAGUGCGUUUCGGAUGCUGGGGCAUGGCGAUGUACUCACUCUCCUGUGCUUGCUACUCCACCAUCAUCGAGCGUCUCAUCAAACGACUUGGUGCAAAACGCGUGUACGUGGGUGGUCUCUGCACGUACAGCUGCGGUAUGAUGGCGCUGUGCCUCAUCAGGGCGAAGGCAGCAGUGUUGCUGUGCAGCUGGACCGCCGGAGUCAUGUACUCCACACUCUUCACCAUGCCUUACCUCCUGGUCGCUCACUAUCACGCUACAGGCAUGUGGGACAGCGGUGGCGGUGGUUGUGGAGAAGAGCGCGGCAUCGGCACUGAUGUAGCUGUGAUCAGCAGCUGCGUGUUCGUGGCACAACUCCUGGUUUCCUUCAUCAUGGGGUUCGCAGUGAAAGCCAUGGGGUCCACUGCAGCAGUGGUAGCCGUCGCUGCCACGUUAGCUGCAGCGGCUGCCGUCACUGCUACCAAGAUUACUUACUUGGAUCUGUAAAAUAGUCAUUUCAUAUUGUUAUUCUUAAACAUAAUUUUU